UUCGCAUGAGGUGUUGGGAAACGUUCUUCGGUUGUGUUUGGAAGAAAAAAAAAACAGUGCCUGGUAUUGUCAUUCUGAAUUUGUGGUAUUAGUCUUAAGUGUUGGAGAAUCUGAGAUGGGUAAGAAGCAAGCAGGUACAGGGCCGUUUUCGAGGCGUCCGGACAACUCUGCAUUUAAACAGCAGAGGUUACCAGCUUGGUCUCCAUCUCUCACGGCACAAACUGUGCUGCCAUCAUUCUACAUCCUCUCUCUCAUAUGUUUGAUACUGGGCAUCUGGCUCCUCAUCACUGUUGAGAACACACACCAGCUGAAGGUGGACUACACAAAUGGAUCGUGUGCUCAGUGCUUUGAGAUGCGGAAGAAUCCCAGCAAUGCCAAGACUGUCUGCAAGUGCUCAGUCCCUUUCUACAUUGAAAAAGAAAUUUUGGGUGAUGUAUUCAUUUACUACGGUCUGAUAAACUUUCAUCAGAACCUACGGAGGUACAUGGACUCCCGUGACGAUGCACAGAUGGUGGGGAGGAAGACAAACAUGAAGAGUCCGUACUGCGCUCCGUUCGAUUCCGAUGCUAACAGUGUGCCCAUUGCCCCCUGUGGUGCCGUGGCCAACAGCAUGUUCAAUGACUCAGUUAACUUGUAUUAUAAAAAUAAUGGAUCAACAGUGAAAGUUCCACUCUUCAGGAAGGGUAUCGCCUGGUACACCGACAAAAAUGUGAAAUUUCGUAACCCACCGACAAAUGGGACAUUCACGCUCCAGCAAGCCUUUGAUGGCACAACUCUGCCUUUUUUCUGGCAGCGUCCGGUUUAUGAGCUGGACACCACAGAACCCAACAACAAUGGAUUCAUCAAUGACGACCUGAUUGUUUGGAUGAGAGAGGCAGCCUUCCCUAAUUUCAAAAAGCUUUAUGGGGUUCUCAAUCGUGGAAAAUGGCCUUUCAUUGAUGGUCUGCCUGCUGGCAACUACAACAUCGCUAUCGAUUAUAAUUUUCCAGUCGGGCCCUUUAGAGGUCAGAAAGAGGUAGUGAUCUCCACCGUGACCUGGUUUGGUGGGCAGAAUCACUUCCUGCCCAUAGCGUACCUGGUGACCAGCGGACUGAUCUUGGUGGCGGCUAUUGGACUCACAACAGUGUAUGUAAAAGUGGGCAAAAAAGGCAAGAACCUGGAAGAAUAAACAAAAUGGAGUGUGGAUAUGAUAGUGGGUGAAAAUGAGAUACAUGGACAGAAAAGGAUGAAACAUAUUUUACUCCAUCCAAUAUUUUAAAUGUAGGUGUUUGCAUUAGGGUUCAGACGAAAUUUAGGAAACAAUUACAUUUUAUUUUAAUGUUUACGAUCAGCCUUGAACCAUUAAGUUCUGAUUAUUAAGUGUGCAAAAGUUGACAAUCACAUUUUAUACGCUUCUAUAAUAAUGAUUAAAAGUAAUAUGCUACAUGAUUAUUUUGUGAUCAAAUGUUAAACUGGCCUAUAUUUCCAUGAAAUGAGGAAUUGGAUAUAGCAAUUACUUAAGGAGAACAGUGCAGCAGGGUCAUCUGAUACUCAAAUGCAUCUGACAUGGGCUAUGUUCGGAGUAGCAUAAUCAUACAACUUGUACAAACAUGACGUGUAGUAUGCAAAUUGUCUGUCGAGAUGAUGACCUCUUUUGUUCAGUUGUGCAUUAUAACAUAUUACAAUUUACAGUGAGACAAUGAAUCGGAAGAGAUAUCAACGGUGACAUUUUAAAGCUCCCUCUUUGCUCGUUUUUAAUACAAGCGUCAAAAGGUAAGACUUUGAGACAAUAACUCGACACCACUCGAUGAAGUCGACUGGUACAACAAAAUAAUGAGGUUAUUUGACAAAUACUACCAUUUGAAAUGUCUAUCAUUGCAAUCUAUUUGACAUAUUCUUGUUUUAACAAGUAGGCAGUACAUUACAUCCCGCAGAGUAUGCACUAUGCAAUAACUAAUGCGGUAUUCCAUUCUGAAGUAGCAAUGAAAAUGAACCCCAUAAUGGAUUAUUUGAUGUUCUCUCCUUUCUGCCAGCAGGGGGCAUCUGUGCCAACAAAGCAAAUACUGGUCUGCGAACACACGACUAAAUAAUGCCUGCGUUUACUUGUUGUCUGCUUAUUGUACAGCAUAGACAUUUUUAAUUUAAAUGUUGUAUAAGAAUUGAUCAGUUUACACGCUCGGGUGAUGUACAUUGUUGUGCGAUUCCAACACUCCAAACAGUUUACAAAGUGACUGUUUUGGGUAGUAUGAUAGCCUACUAUUCAAGGAUUUAGUGUGAAGUUCAACCGAAUCGUAUUUUGUAAUAUGUUUUUGGGAUUAGGCCUACAAGUGCUCCGGUAGCAUUAAGUGAAACAUUAAUAUUUUAAUAUAUUAAGAAAUACCACUGCUACAUAAUCAUAGGACCAGAAAGUGGAUUGUCUAAAAUGAAUUUCUUUUGAAUACCAUGAUUUGUAAUGACAUUUUGUUUUUAAUAAAACUUAAAUUUAACAUUUUAAAA